GUAAUGUGUGUAUCUUUGAAGUAGGCUUGAAUGGAAAAUCCCUGCUUUGACACAACGCAUAGUUACUGACCCUUGUAAGUGGGAUUCAAAGUUAGUUGUCCUAUUGCACUCAAAUAUUUAAGGUGAUAGCCUACUAAAUAAGGUCACUAAUAGGGCAAUGUGGUAAUUUAGAACUUGGAGGGAAAAUGAAAAUGAUUGAUCAUGAAAAACAAACAAAAGUAUUAAUGAAGAAAUGUUGUUUGAAUAGGGCAGGAAAGUAUUUGUAUUUCUAAUAGAAAGUUAAGCAAGCAAUCAAUUUGAACAUAUUUUACAUACAGUAACAACAUGAACCACUUUGACUCAGAAUCAUAUUCAAUGAUUUGUAUCAAAGAAACCCCAAUGAGGACAGAAAACUGCAACAUAAUAAAACAAAACAUCAUUAUUUAUCCAUCGUUUAAGAACUCAGACUCAUUUUAUCCCACCUGAAGCUAUGCUGCUUUACGGGCAGCUCUUGCCCUCUACAACCCGGAAGAGGCCCAUACAUAGACUCUAAACAGAAGUUUUCCUCUCGCCAUUAAAUCACAGUUCAAUUAUGAAGAAAUGUCUGACUCAUGUGUUACACUGUGGAAGUGGGACCUCCUUCUUCAAAGACCUUUAAAAGGACCCAAAAGAUGCUCCUGUUUAGAAUUUACAAAACACUCGCUUCAACUCAAUUUAUCCUAUUUCUUUUUUAUUACUAUAGAGAUAUUUAUUUUCUAUUUAUUCCUAUUUAUACUAUUUUUUCCAAAUGUUUCUGUUUCCACAUACCUUGACCUUUUACCUGCCUGCUUUCCUCUUUAUCAUCUCACUUCCUUUCUCUCUGCCAUUUUAUCUCCCUGACUCCAACCCACUUUCAAACUUGAAUAAUCAAGUUCGAGAGGUGCUGCUCUACACAGACAAUCAUAGAAGAGGCAUGUAUCUGCAGAUGACUCUGGAUGGGAGAGUGUCAGGAAGUGAUGCUCAGACUCCUCAAAGUGUGAUGGAGCUUAAAUCUAUAAAUCCAGGAAAUGUAGUCAUCAAAGGACGGUCUGCAGCUCUGUUUCUUUGUAUGGACAGUGAAGGCCAUUUAAGGGGGCAGAGACAAUACGUGGAAGCCGACUGCACCUUCAGAGAGCUGCUCCUGGCAGACGGAUACACUCGUUUCCUCUCCUCACACCAUGGAGUCCCGGUGUCUCUGGCAUCCAAACACUCUCCAGACCGACACGCGGUCCCCUUCACUCGAUUCCUACCACUCAGGAAUACUUUGGCAGGCGAGAGUGUGCCUGAACAGCCACAAAACAAUGAGAGAUAUUUCAACGUGGACUCUGAUGAUCUUCUUGGAAUGGGUCUAAACACUGUGGGCAGUCCUCAGCUCUCCAUGGACAAGUGAAAACAGAUCUAACACUGUGGAUGUGCCUCUAAAAAUAGAUUUUAUUUACUGACCUGGUUCAACCUGCAGACUUGAUUUUGUUACGAAAUGAGCGGCUAAGUUAUUUUUUCUCACAGUUUCUAUGGCAGCAUUGUAAAUGUAACUUAUUUAUUUAUUUGAUGUGUUGUAAUGGUUAUUUAAAUACUGAAACGUUAAAAAAGUUCAUAAAAUAUUUGAAUUAAAGGACUGUUCCUCAGUCAUGUUGACUGAAAUAUAUGGGGCUUUGCAGUUUCUCUAAUUUGGAUUUGACUAAAAAGACAAAUAAUUAUAUUUUUAUACUACUCUGUUUGAGAUGAGAUCUAAAUUAAAAGAGCAUAUGUGCACUCAGCAUUA